AUGAAUCCAUUGUUCUCUUUUAAUCGUAAGACUUUUAAAGUAAAGAGAGCUUGGGUAAAGUUGGCAAAGAUUAAGUUCACUCUUAGAGAAAGGAUUUCUACGUAUCAAAUUCACAUUUCUGAAGCCAUCUGUAGUCCUGCAAAGAACUUGGUCAGUACAAGCCAAUUCUUAUUUGCCACAAUUAUAUUAAUAUCUCCAAUUAUUGUACCUAUUAUUCCAAUGAUAGGAAUCCCAUCUAUACUAAUGUCCAUCAUGGUGGCAUUCUCACUAGGUACAUUCUUUCUAAUUGCAACAUUUCUUGUUCCCAUUGUUUUACUAUUACUAAUUGGAUUUGCAAUUUUUGCCUUAGUUGGGUCUAUAAUUUUAUCCUUUAUAUCUACACCUAAAUACGAAUAUGUAUCCCUCUUAGAAACAGGUUUAGACUUGCUGCAAGAGAAUGCUUCUAUUCAAUCAGAAUAA